AGGACGCAGUAUCUCCCUCAGUGUAGCCAAACACCGUGUGGAGUGCGAACGCAACACUCUCCGGCCCGUGUGAAUAAUUUAGCGUCUGGCAACUAUAGUGAGUGAACAAAGUGUAUUCAUAACUAUAUUUCGAUGCUUGCCAUCUGAAACGGUGCUGAGCUGUGAGGGCGUUAAACAAUCGCGAAGGUUGAGGUGGUUGAGCAGUACUGUGACAGGUGUGGAGUGAGAGGAUGAGGUGGAAAAUGUGGUGGAUGAGCUUCGCCAUGGUUGGGCUGCUGGCAGCUUCACCAGCGUCACCUACAGAAGCCUUAACUGCACAAGCUCUUGAGGCGGAUGUAUUAGGCUUGCUGACACCCCUCAUUGGUGAUCUAAGCACAGCUCUGCAAGGUUUUAUUGACAUUGGUAAGAUUGGCAUGGGUAUUGCCAAGUUCAUCAAUAUCAUUGCUGAUCAGGUAUUUAAUGCUUCUGAUAUCGAUAUGAAUUUUAGUUCAUAUAUCCCUAUGGCAGACCGGAAGAUACUUGCUAUGUUCGAACUGCUAUCACGCCGCCUGGACCAGAUAGAACAUGGGGUUCAGGGAGUUGCUAAUUCUUUAAGAGAUCUGACUGAAGGCAUGCAAGAAAUGGUUCGUUGGGAAAUUGCUCUCAAUACUAUGGAAGAGUAUGCCAGGCCUAUCAACACACUCUACAAGCGGUUUGUUCUUUACCAAAGCCUCAAGGAUAAGAUAGAGGAUCACACACUGAUGGAUUUUGCUAACACAGUUGUGUCCCAUGGCACACAUUCUGUCAUGUCCUUGAUGGCCAACCUUCAUAGUAUGGCUGCACCUGAAGCAGCAGAGAGAGCUAUUUCUCCUUUACACUCGGACUCUGAGUCUUUGUCAGUUCUGAAUGAUCCCAAGGAUGUAUACAAAGUGGCUCAAAAGGUGACACAUAAGAUGAUCCUUCGGGAAAAAAUGAUAAAGGACAAGAUGGGACCACAGAGUAAACCUGAGAAGCUCUAUCUUCGACCCAGCUUGUUCGUCAUGCUGCACGAUGCUCUGAGGAAAAGUAAUAACUGCAAUCUGCAACAGUCACCACAGCAGCUGGUAAAUGGACUCCACCUGUUGCUUGCACUCACUGAAGCUCGAGGAUAUGCAAUGCAGGAAUUUUCAUGGAUGUUACUUAGAAUCUACAAUGAGGGUAACUUUACUGUGGAGCAAGAAGUGGCAAGGAGAUUAUAUUUACAGUAUUCAGAAGACAUCAUGAGGGAGGCCAAGGCAGUACUAGUUAAGGAAUCACGGGAGUUCUUCAAGUGCGAUCCACAGAAGCAUGUGCAGGGUGAAACCUAUGUACAAAUAACAGAACUUUUGCAGGGCUAUAUUGAGAAUGAAGUAGAUAUGAAUUCUGUGGGAUCUUGUUCACAAAACUGUGGAUACUAUCAGCAUGCGAAGAGUGAAAGGUGCUAUUUGCCAGCCUCUCAGUACUGCGGAAAACAUCGUCGGUGCAUGGGUACCGUGCACGACUGCCAGUUUUACAAUGCAGAUGCAUGGGUCUGCAUAUCAAAGAAUCCUUAUCGACGCUAUGAUUCUAUACGUUAUGAAAGUCAGCUAAGACUGGGGCCUAAUCAACCAUGCGAAGGCUCUGAAAUGAAAGUAGAUUCAUGGUGGAGAUUUUUCUUCCACUGUUCUUAUUGUCUUUGUCUUUGUGAUGAUGGCAAUUCUCCCACUUCUGAUCGUUACAUCAGCUUGGUUCCAGCCCUUAGUGAUACUGGGAACAAUAUGGUAGUGACAGGUGUUCAGUUCAUCAAGUUCAAAAGAGUGAUCCAUCUUCAGAUACAACAGGGUCAAGCACUUCCACAGGGACAUGUCAAUUCCACUACUCUACAGUGGGUCGACGUCGAACCUAUUAGCAUUAUCAGCACUGCAUAUGUAGAAGGCACACAUUACAAGAAAUUAUCAUACGAGGAUCGUAGCAUAGACUUGGACCGUCUUACUGCACCUGGAGAGCACGUUGUUACAGGUGUUCGUUUUAGGAUAUUAGGCUCUCACAUCAACUUUGAGGCACAAAUUACACCUGUAAACUACACAACAGGAAAGCUCGAUCCCUUCAAGAGCUACUGGAUCAGCAAUGACAACACACCUGCUAUGGCCCAAAACCCAAGGACUGAAGUCAUGAUUUACUCACCUGAUGACCCAGCAAAGUUCUCAGACCUCUCCCGUGUGUAUUCCAAUCCAGACUCAUUCAUACGUUUUGGCCCCACUGACAGAGCAAAGGAUGUUGCUCAACUAACUGUACCUUUCUUUGAUGCACAGCCAGUGGCUCCUUCUCCGGGCUCUUGGUGGUCUGGUGUGGAGCUCUUUCACAAAGGUCAGCCUGGCUCUGGAGGCUUCUUAGGACUCAAGGCCAUCACUUUUGAUAUGACACCCCAUAUGGAGAUCCAAGAUAAAGGUCCUAAGACAGUUAAUUUGCCUCCUGUACCUGUUCUUUAAGAGGUGUUCUGAGGAGUUGGGGGGGGGGAAGGUGUAACAGCAGAAUAUUCUAUAUGUUCAUUUAUUGCCUUAAAACAAGAAACCAGCUAAUUCUGUGUUAAAAGCUGUAUCUGUGAUUAUUAUAAAUUGUACAGGAAUGGUUAUAUUUUUUCACAUUCUUAUAUGCUACAUGAAUAUAACUGUCUUCGUUGAGAAUAUGUGACUACAUAGUAGUGUGUGAACUGUACUAGGACACUUUUAGUCUCAUCAAGGUCCAUCUAGGCCAUCUGCCAUCCUUACCCAAGUAAAUAAGCUUGUGCACCCAGGAGCACCAGCCUGAAUCUUCCUGUGUAACCAGUACUAGCCUAUAAUGCUCUGGCUUCUGCAUCUUCAAAACAAUUUGUAUUAGAUAUAAGAGCCGUUCCCAUUAAAAUUUAUACAUUUU